CUCAGAUAGAAUGUAACCUUUAUGUGGAUGUUUGAACAACUAUGUUUCAAAUGUGGGAUCAUCGGACUGCAUUGAAUAAUUUGGAGAGAAAACAUGACUUUAAACGUCAGUGAUAAAUUAUUACUGUGCAUAAAGAUGACGGUUAAUUUAGAAGAUGCGAAAAAACAAUUUACCGAUUUGAUGCGAAAUUUAAACAAAAAAAAUCAAGAACAAUUCUUUUCUUUUAUUUUGCAAGAAUGGAAACCUAUGGAAACUGUAUUUCAAUGUCGACCAGCUAUAGGUGAUUUAAGGAAAGAUAUGGAAGAUGCAAUUAUAGAUGAUCCUGUCUUCUUAUUAAAUUCAAUUGCAUAUGAUAUAAGGAAAAGAGUUCCCUUUAAUGGAAUAUUAUCUACAGAACAUAUAGAAUCUCCUAAAAAAGGAGAGAACUCCGAUUGUGAAUCUAAUGUAACAUUGCACGUUGAUGAAUUUCUUUAUGAUGAUGAUGAUAUGAAUGAGUUAAUAGAUAAUGGAAAAUUACAAAAGUAUUAUUGUAUCGAUUGCGGAUCACGAGAUAUAAAACCAUUAAUAUUCAUUUCGCAUUCGAUGUCAAGAGAUGCUAUAUAUUACAUAUUUAAUACCUUAUUACCAACUUUAAAAGGAAAAACGAUAUUGGAUAUUGGAUCACGAUUAGGUGCAGUUUUGUAUGGUGCAUAUGUUUAUACAGAUGCUAUUAAAAUAAUUGGUAUUGAAAUGAAUAAAGAAUUUUGUGAUCUUCAAUGUAGCAUUGUAAAUCAAUAUAAAAUGAAUGAUAGAAUUGAAAUUUUACAUAAAAAGAUUGAAGAUGCUCCAGAAGUGGUAAGGACAAGCGAUGUAGUUGUCAUGAAUAAUCCUUUUGAAUUUUAUUUACCUGAAUCUAUACAAGUAGAAAUGUGGAGAUUUUUGAAAGAUAAUUUAAAGAAAGGAACAAUUCUUGUUGUACGUCCAAAUAUUGAAACAAUGUUAAAAGACUUACAAACAGGAAUUGUAAUAAAUAAUUGGUUAAGACCUCUUUCACAUCAGUCAAAUAAUCAAGAAGUUUCUUCUUUUUCAUCUAUUACUAGUCAAGACAAUGACAAAUACGAUAACAUUGUAUGCUAUGAAAUUAAAUAAAAUAUAUGAAUAUUUCAAUAUACUUUGAUCUAAAUCAAAUUUCAAUUGUAACUGAUACGUUAUAUAUACUAAUUAUGAAUGCGUGUAUGUAAGUUAAAGAUAUGUAAUAUGAACAUUCAUACAUUACUUAUGUUUUUGUAAGAAAUCAACAAAUAUUUAUAACCCAGAAGCUAAAUUAAGAUUCAUUCACCAUUAAAUAUUGUUACUUAGUUCAAAACUAAA